GUUAUUUAGACAGACUGUAGACUGUUUUCUGUAUAUAUGUAAUCAAAGCUUUUCACGUGAUUCUUUGACAAAAAGUAAAUAUAACCUAUUUUAUACAUACAAAGUGCAAAAUGAGUAAAUACAGAAAAGAAGAAUCCUCAAGUGAAAACAGCGAUAGCGAAGAAGAAAGACGUAAAAAAGAUAUCAAAGAAAGAGAUGAAUUUGCUAAUCGACUAAAAGCAAAAGAUGAAAGUAAAAUAAGAAAGGUAGCUAUGCCGGCUGGUUCAGGAGCAGCGGAAGCUGCUAAGAGAUUGAAAAUUAUGGAAACUGAUAUGCGAGAAAAAUUGGUACCAAAAUUGCGUGUUGAAUCUCGUCGGAAAUAUUUAGAAAAACGUAAAGAUGAUAAGGUAGCCGAACUAGAGGCUGAUAUAAUUGAUGAUGAAUAUCUUUUUGAAGAAGAAAUAUUAACAGAACGGGAAAGAAGAGAACGGGAACAUAAAAAACAAUUACUCCAAUUAGCUAAAGAACAUGAAAAAGCAAGAGAACUUGAAAGAGUACAACGUUAUCAUAUGCCAUUGGAAAAAGGAAAACUUGAGCCAGAAUUAGAAGUACAUGAUAAUGAACCACCACAAUCUGAACAAAGUAAAUGGGAGUCUGAUCAAAUGUCAUCUGCUGUUUUUCGAUUUGGUGCUAAAAAUAGAAAAGUACAACAAGAUUAUGAUCUUCUUCUGGAAGAUGAAGUGGAAUUCAUACAAGCAUUACAUAUGCCUGGUACUGAAAAAGAUAGAAAAGCAAGUCCACCACCGCAAGUUAAGGCAUUGCAGACUAUACAGGAAACAAAAAAAAGUUUACCAAUUUAUCCUUUUAAAAAUGAUCUCAUUCAAGCUAUAAAAGAUCAUCAGGUAUUAAUUAUUGAAGGAGAAACAGGUUCUGGGAAAACCACGCAAAUUCCACAAUAUUUGUAUGAGGCUGGUUUUGCAGAGGAUAAUAAAAUAAUUGGCUGUACACAGCCGCGAAGAGUAGCUGCUAUGUCUGUUGCGGCAAGAGUUGCUCAUGAGAUGUGUGUAAAAUUGGGUAAUGAAGUUGGUUACGCGAUUCGUUUCGAGGAUUGCACUUCUCAUCGUACUCGUAUUAAAUAUAUGACAGAUGGUACAUUGCAUCGUGAAUUUUUGAGCGAACCGGAUUUAGGUUCUUACAGUGUUAUGAUCAUCGAUGAGGCGCACGAGCGUACUUUGCACACCGAUAUCUUAUUUGGAUUGGUAAAGGAUAUAACAAAGUUUCGAACGGACCUGAAACUUCUAAUUUCAUCUGCCACGUUAGACGCAACGAAAUUUAGCGAAUUCUUUGAUGAUGCUCCGAUUUUUAGGAUACCUGGCCGUCGAUUUCCUGUCGAUAUUUAUUAUACCAAAGCGCCAGAAGCGGAUUACAUUGAUGCCUGUGUUGUCUCUAUUCUUCAGAUACAUGCCACUCAACCACCUGGUGAUAUAUUGGUAUUUCUAACAGGUCAAGAUGAAAUAGAAACGUGUCAGGAAAUGUUGCAAGAAAGAGUGAGACGAUUAGGUUCAAAAUUAGGAGAACUAUUGAUUCUUCCCGUAUAUGCAAAUCUUCCAAGUGAUAUGCAAGCAAAAAUAUUUCAACCUACUCCACCAAGAGCAAGAAAGGUAGUUCUUGCUACGAAUAUAGCAGAAACAUCAUUAACAAUAGAUAACAUAGUGUACGUGAUAGAUCCUGGAUUUGCAAAGCAGAACAAUUUUAACUCCCGUACGGGCAUGGAAAGUUUAAUGGUUGUGCCAAUUAGUAAAGCUUCUGCAAAUCAGAGAGCUGGAAGAGCCGGAAGAGUAGCUCCAGGAAAAUGUUUCCGAUUAUAUACAGCUUGGGCUUAUCAACACGAACUUGAAGAUAAUACUGUACCUGAAAUUCAAAGAAUCAAUCUUGGCAAUGCUGUAUUGACUCUGAAAGCUUUGGGAAUAAAUGAUUUAGUCCAUUUCGAUUUUCUGGAUCCUCCACCACACGAAACAUUAGUUUUAGCUUUAGAACAACUAUAUGCAUUGGGAGCUUUAAAUCACCGUGGAGAAUUAACAAAACUUGGUCGAAAAAUGGCUGAAUUUCCAUUAGAUCCUAUGAUGGCAAAAAUGUUAUUGGCCAGUGAACAGUAUCGCUGCUCGGAAGAAGUAGCCACGAUCGCUGCUAUGUUAUCAGUGAAUGGAGCUAUUUUUUAUAGACCUAAAGACAAGAUUAUUCAUGCGGAUACUGCUCGAAAGAAUUUCCAUGUACCUGGUGGCGAUCAUUUGACUUUGUUGAACGUAUAUAAUCAGUGGCAACAAAGUGAUUUCAGUACUCAUUGGUGUUAUGAGAAUUUCAUUCAACAUCGAUCAAUGAAAAGAGCUAGAGAUGUCAGAGAACAAUUAGUUGGUCUCAUGCAACGAGUUGAAAUGGAACUCGUAUCAGGAAUUACGGAAACAGUGAAUAUCCGAAAGGCUAUAACAUCAGGAUAUUUCUAUCAUGUAGCGCGAUUAUCAAAAGGAGGACAUUACAAAACUGCAAAACAUAAUCAGACAGUUUCAAUUCAUCCUAAUAGCUCAUUGUUUCAAGAGCUGCCACGUUGGUUGCUUUAUCAUGAACUGGUUUUUACUACAAAGGAAUUUAUGCGACAGGUAACAGAAAUCGAGAGUAAGUGGCUUUUAGAGGUAGCUCCCCAUUAUUACAAAGCAAAAGAAUUGGAGGAUUCUACAAAUAAAAAAAUGCCAAAAGUCGCAGGAAGAUCGCGUCCAGAUGGAACUAAUUAAUAACUCAAGUAAUUAAAUGAAUCUAAUUUAUAUAAAAAUAAAUUGUAAAAAUAACCAUGACUUUUGUAACAUUAGUUUUUAAGAUGUAUAAAAUAUAAAGAUAAGAUAUUUGUAUUUUAUAAUGUACAAAACAUAGUAUAUCAUACAUUUGUAAUCAAUUUAUUACUUAAG